GAAAUUGACAGUUAUUUGUUGUUUGAUUUAUACACUGGGCUGCUGUGUGCCUUGUGUACACACUUUAGAACAAUCUGAUGGAGAAGAUUUUGGAGUUCCCUAGCACCGAUUCGCCGGUUAACGGCGUGGAGAUAUCACUUCUACAGACGAGUGAUGCCCCGGGUUCAGAUGUUAUCAAAGGAUACCAAGGCGGUGUUGCAAUUUUCCACCUGUGUUUCACUGCCACAACGCCUUCCACUGACAAGAAGCCCGGGUUUGAUCAGAGCAAGUUUGAUGUGUUUCCCACUGGCUUUAUUACUAACUCUGAUGGUGUAAAAGCGGUUAUUGGAUACUCCGGUUUCUCUGGCAAGUGCGGCGACCUUGUGGAGUAUUUUGACCGUUGUGAUGACGGUAGUUUACUGUCUGAGGCAGUUGUAGGUUGCGGACCACACAAGGAAUUCUGUGCUUCCGAUGCCUACACCGUGUCUAAAACAAUUGCCAAGGCUAUUUCAACUCACCAGUGCAAGCACGCCAUCUUUAUGGUUGGUGGCUUAGAACCUGUGUUGAUCGAGUCUUUGGUCAUUGGCUCUUUGAACUGCAUUAGUGUUGAUCGUAGGUUCAAGAAGGACACUAAUGUGGAAUACUAUUUGGAAAGCCUUCAUGUCAUUGCGGAUGCCAUUUCCGAGUUGAACACCUUCCAAACACGCUGUAAGGCCUUUGUGCGUGGUAUGCAUACUACUCGCGAGCUUGUAACGGCACCUGCAAAUUACGCCAACACAGAAUCUAUUGCCGGGUUUUUGCAAAACCGUCUGACUGGUUUAGGCCUCGAAGUGCGUAUUAUUGAGGAAGAUGAAUGCCGUGCUUUGGGUAUGGGAGCCUACCUAGCUGUAGGCCAGGGUAGUCAAUACCCACCGAAGUUCCUACAUGCCAUAUACCGCAGUAGCGUAAGCGUGAAAACCAAAAUUGCUCUCGUUGGUAAGGGAAUUAUGUUUGACACGGGUGGACUUAACAUAAAGAGCGCUGCAAGUGAGAUUGAGCUUAUGAAAUUCGAUAUGGGUGGCAUGUCUACUGUAUUUGGUGCCGCUGAGACAAUCGCGGCACUCAAGCCGCAUGGUGUAGAGGUACACUUCAUCAGUGCAACGUGCGAGAACAUGGCCGGGUCUAAUGCUUACAGACCUGGUGAUAUCGUCACUGCUUCCAAUGGCAAGACUAUUGAGGUCAUUAACACCGACGCCGAAGGGCGUUUGACAUUGGCAGAUGCUUUGGUGUAUGCGGAUAAGCUGGGCGUGGAUUACAUUGUUGACCUAGCGACUCUAACUGGCGCUUGCAUCAUUGCUUUAGGCUACCAAUAUGGAGGCUACUUUGUAAAUGACGAAAGCUUCCACCAGCGUUUCCAGAAGGCGUUGAGCGAUUCUGGUGAGUUGGCAUGGCGCUUACCGCUAGCUCGUGAGUACAAGGAAGGUCUGGAAUCCAAGGUCGCUGAUCUGAGCAACUGUAACUACACUGCCAAGGCAGGUACCGUUAUGGCCGCUUUGUUCUUGAACGAGUUUGUGGAAAACGCAAAAUGGAUACACUGGGACAUUGCGGGCACAGCUUUUGACAAGUCCACUGGCCGUGGUACUGCAUAUGGUUUACGUACAAUUGUAAACCUUGUGCUUGACAUGGCCGAGGAAUGAAUAUAAACCUGGUAACAUAUAUGUCUAGUUAAAUUAGUAACGGAA